AUGACGAUGGAGAAGUGGAGAGAUCUUCCGAGGGAUUUGGUAGAGGAGGAGAUAGUGACUCGUGUUCCGGCUACGCAUCUGAAAGAUUGGGAUCUACUUGUAAACUAUGGAACCGUAUGUUUAACGGUGACCGGAGAUUCGCUAAAGCACAGUGACGAAGCGGCAAAGCAGUUUAUGGUUCUGUUGUUGAGGAGGACCUUGAGGAUUAGUCCGGCAAUCGUCGAUCUCGACGGAAAGGCAGAGUCUUUCACUGUGACGGCCUCUUGUUAUGCACCUCCGCCGACGAAUCUAGAUUCGUGGUUUGGAACCCAUUUACUGGCGAGACCAGGUGGUUCCUACCCAGCUAUCGUACGGAAAGAACGCCAUUUUGCUCUGGGAUACUACAAAGAAGGCAACAAUAAGAGAUUUGAUUUCUCAACAGAGAAAUGUGUGCCUGUGCCUCUUCCCUAUCAGCAUUGGAGACCACCCAAGCUGGUGUCGUGGAGCAAGGUCUUAGCAUUUGAUAUGAGCCCUGGUCUUCAACUUGCUUACGAGGCAAGGUUCUUGCUCGACGACGAGAAGAAAGUCGUCAUGCUUGCUCUGAAUUGA